CUGCGUGCCUUAAGGGAGGCCCACCGAGCGGGACAGCGUGGUGGGCGCCGAGAAUCGAGAUGAAGGCGGGUUAUCUCCCAUUUCUGAGGCCUCGCCGCCCCUCGUCUGGAUUAUUGCAGUGGCCUCCUGUCUGCUCUCGGACUGGAGUGCAUUUUAAAACGCAGUUGAGAUAUUUCAGUCAUUUGCCUGGAAACCUUUUGUUUUCCUUGCCCUUAGCAGGUUCCCAAACUUGUCUGAUUCUGGGAACCGCCUCGGGCACUGGCUGCCCUUUGGGUCUUGUGUGAGGCUGGGGAAGUGUGUAUUUUACUGUUCUUCCCUCGAGAUUCAGAAAUUCAUUUGGGAACUACUGACCAGAUUCCCUUAACUUGGCGUUCAAGCCCUGCCCGAUUGUUCCCCAGCUAACCUAGCCCUCCCCAUCCUGUGCCACAUCCACUGCAUUCUACAGCCCUUGUGACUUUCCAGCCUCGCAGUGCACACUUACAGCAACACGGUAAGGUCUGGGGAUUAGAGGUGAAGUCAGCCCUGUUCCUACCCGAAUGAACUGAUUCUGAGAGAGGUAAGUGGUAAGAAUGUGUUGUUCAACACACACGGGAGGCACAAACGCAAAGGAGGAUAAGAAAAAGUUUCAUAAAGGAGGUGCCACGGGAGACAUAAAGAGUUGCCCACGAAAAUAUCUCAGAUAACAGAAGUAGAUCCUGAAAUGGUUUUCUGGAGAACUUAGAAUUCUAAGAGUGUGGGUGGAAGUUCCCUGCUCAUUUUUCUUUAGUUCCCAGCGUCCUAAGACCUGUUUCCAGAUCAAGGAUGGUGGGAGUGGAGCCAGGGUUGUGUGAAUGCUGGCUGACAGCUUUACCUGUUUCCAAUGCUAAAAGUCCCGGUGACCAGCCCCAAGGUUUGUCUACUUCUAGGGCUCUGGGCCUUUUGAAAAAUGGUUCUCCUACACCUAACUAACUUCUUAUCCUUCAAGGCUCUGCUGAAUUCAUUCUCUCUCUGCCUUUUUUUUUUUUAAGCAAUCCAGAGGUCUUGUAUUUAUCUAUUUUUACCCUAUCAUACCAUGAAUGCAUAGGGAAUAGGUUCCAGCGGCUCAGGCUCUUUUCCAUUGAUUCUCACAAAGUGUACUUCCCUCAAUGGAACAGGCUAGCACUUCAGUUGAACUCUUUUUCUUUGACUUGCUUCUUUUUUGAUCAUUUUCCUUCACACAUUUCAGGAAAGAUCUUGGCUCUUAGAGUGCUUAAUAUGCUCAAUAGAAACAUUAAUUCUGCGGGCAAGAAUCUAGCUCUUGUUCGCAGCAGUGCCAACAGCAUACUGGGUAACAUAGACUUUUCCAAUUCUGCCACGUAACAUUUGUGGGUCAUUCCCUUUUGAACAGUAUCCAUUCUCACGAAGUCCUCAAUAUAACCUUCAUUGUAGAUUCUGGUGUCUGUGGCCAGACAAACUCCAUAUUUUUGUUUUGUUUUGUUUGUUUAUUUGUUUUGAGAUGGAGUUUUGCUCUUGUUGCCCAGGCUGGAGUACAAUGGUGUGAUCUCAGCUCACUGCAACCUCUGCCUCCUGGGUUCAAGCGAUUCUCCUGCCUCAGCCUCCCUAAUAGCCGGGAUUACAUGGUGCCUGUCACCAUGCCCAGCUAAUUUUUUGUAUUUUUAGUAGAGAUGGGGUUUCACUGUGUUGGCCAGGAUGGUCUCGAACUGCUGACCUCAGGUGAUCCACCCGCCUUAGCCUCCCAAAGUGCUGGGGUUACAGGCGUGAGCCAGCACGCCCAGCUCAAACUCCAUGUUUUCUAUAAGGCCAGGAGAACAUACAUCAGAUGCCUUGUCCUCUUUUCCUUUAUGUUUGUCAUUUUGGCAAAUUACUCCAAGAUGGCGGUUCCAGCCAAAAGGAAAGACUUUUCUUGGAAGGAGAAUUUUUAUUUUUAUGUACAGAAAACACAACAGUGUGUACUUAACCCAGUUUAGUGGCAAAUUCUUUAGCCUUUGCCUUUUCUAGGUUGGUAAUGCAAGCUACAGAUUUUGGACCCAGGGCAUUGCCUCCCCAGUGACAGCAGAUCUCAUAUGUCGUUGUAAUUUGUUCCACCAGCUUAGCCAGAGCUCCUUUGUCUUCCAGAAAGUUAACCUUUGUGAAGGUGACAGUGGUGCAGGUCUUCCUGUGGAAUUUGACACCCCAGUCUUGACAGUGCAGUAGAGAAUCCCCAUCUUAGGACACAGCGCAGACAGGAAGACAACCAGCUCGAUGGGAUCCACCACCAGCUGACCCUUCAUGUUCUCUACCAAGUUGGUUACGGUGUCAACCCCUGCUCGAAGUAGAGAAGGACUUUCAAAAUUCAACAAGAUCUAUGAAUUUGAUUAUCACCUGUAUGGCCAGAAUGUUACCAUGGUAAUGACUUCGGUUUCUGGACAUUUACUGGCUCAUGAUUUCCAGAUGCAGUUUCGAAAAUGGCAGAGCUGCAACCCUCUUGUCCUCUUUGAAGCAGAAAUUGAAAAGUACUGCCCAGAGAAUUUUGUAGACAUCAAGAAAACUCUGGAACGAGAGACUCGCCAGUGCCAGGCUCUGGUGAUCUGGACUGACUGUGAUAGAGAAGGCGAAAACAUCGGGUUUGAGAUUAUCCACGUGUGUAAGGCUGUAAAGCCCAAUCUGCAGGUGUUGCGAGCCCGAUUCUCUGAGAUCACACCCCAUGCCGUCAGGACAGCUUGUGAAAACCUGACCGAGCCUGAUCAGAGGGUGAGCGAUGCUGUGGAUGUGAGGCAGGAGCUGGACCUGAGGAUUGGAGCUGCCUUUACUAGGUUCCAGACCCUGCGGCUUCAGAGGAUUUUUCCUGAGGUGCUGGCAGAGCAGCUCAUCAGUUACGGCAGCUGCCAGUUCCCGACACUGGGCUUUGUGGUGGAGCGGUUCAAAGCCAUUCAGGCUUUUGUACCAGAAAUCUUCCACAGAAUUAAAGUAACUCAUGACCACAAAGAUGGUAUCGUAGAAUUCAACUGGAAAAGACAUCGACUCUUUAACCACACGGCUUGCCUAGUUCUCUAUCAGUUGUGUAUGGAGGAUCCCAUGGCAACUGUGGUAGAGGUCAGAUCUAAGCCCAAGAGCAAGUGGCGGCCUCAAGCUUUGGACACUGUGGAGCUUGAGAAACUGGCUUCUCGAAAGUUGAGAAUAAAUGCUAAAGAAACCAUGAGGAUUGCUGAGAAGCUCUACACUCAAGGGUACAUCAGCUAUCCCCGAACAGAAACAAACAUUUUUCCCAGAGACUUAAACCUGACGGUGUUGGUGGAACAGCAGACCCCCGAUCCACGCUGGGGGGCCUUUGCCCAGAGCAUUCUAGAGCGGGGUGGUCCCACCCCACGCAAUGGGAACAAGUCUGACCAAGCUCACCCUCCCAUUCACCCCACCAAAUACACCAACAGCUUACAGGGAGAUGAACAGCGACUGUACGAAUUUAUUGUUCGCCAUUUCCUGGCUUGCUGCUCCCAGGAUGCUCAGGGGCAGGAGACCACAGUGGAGAUUGACAUCACUCAGGAACGCUUUGUGGCCCACGGCCUCGUGAUUCUGGCCCGAAACUAUCUGGAUGUGUAUCCAUAUGAUCACUGGAGUGACAAGCUCCUCCCUAUCUAUGAGCGAGGAUCCUGCUUUCAGCCCAGCACCGUGGAGAUGGUGGACGGGGAGACCAGCCCGCCCAAGCUGCUCACCGAGGCCGACCUCAUUGCCCUCAUGGAAAAGCAUGGCAUUGGUACGGAUGCCACUCAUGCGGAGCACAUUGAGACCAUCAAAGCCCGGAUGUACGUGGGCCUCACCCCAGACAAGCGGUUCCUCCCUGGGCACCUGGGAAUGGGACUUGUGGAAGGUUAUGAUUCCAUGGGCUAUGAAAUGUCUAAGCCUGACCUCCGGGCUGAACUGGAAGCUGAUCUGAAGCUGAUCUGUGAUGGCAAAAAGGACAAAUUUGUGGUUCUAAGGCAGCAAGUGCAGAAAUACAAGCAGGUUUUCAUUGAAGCGGUGGCUAAAGCAAAGAAAUUGGACGAGGCCUUGGCCCAGUACUUUGGGCAUAGGACCGAGUUGGCCCAGCAAGAAGAGAUCUACCCAGCCAUGCCAGAGCCCAUCAGGAAGUGCCCACAGUGCAAUAAGGACAUGGUCCUUAAGACCAAGAAGAACGGCGGGUUCUACCUCAGCUGCAUGGGUUUCCCAGAAUGUCGCUCAGCUGUGUGGCUUCCUGACUCGGUGCUGGAGGCCAGCAGGGACAGCAGUGUGUGUCCAGUUUGUCAGCCACACCCUGUGUACAGGUUGAAGUUAAAGUUUAAGCGUGGUAGCCUUCCCCCGACCAUGCCUCUGGAGUUUGUUUGCUGCAUCGGCGGAUGCGACGAGACCCUGAGGGAGAUCUUGGACCUGAGAUUUUCACGGGGCCCCCCCAGGGCUAGCCAGCCCUCUGGCCGCCUGCAGGCUAGCCAGUCCCUGAACAGGAUGGACAACAGCCAGCACCCCCAGCCUGCUGACAGCAGACAGACUGAGCCCUCAAAGACUCUGGCCCGGACCCUCCCACCACCCACAACUACUGGUGAAAGCAAUUCUGUGACCUGCAACUGUGGCCAGGAGGCUGUGCUGCUCACUGUCCGUAAGGAGGGCCCCAACCAGGGCCGGCAAUUCUUUAAGUGCAACGGGGGUAACUGCAACUUCUUCCUGUGGGCAGACAGCCCCAAUCCGGGAGCAGGAGGGCCUCCUGCCUCGGCAUAUAGACCCCUAGGUGCCUCCCUGGGACGCCCACCAGGCCCAGGGAUCCACCUAGGUGGGUUUGGCAACCCUGGUGAUGGCAGUGGUAGUGGCACAUCCUGCCUGUGCAGCCAGCCCUCCGUCACACGGACUGUGCAGAAGGAUGGACCCAACAAGGGGCGCCAGUUCCACACAUGUGCCAAGCCGAGAGAGCAGCAGUGUGGCUUCUUCCAGUGGGUCGAUGAGAACACUGCUCCAGGGACUUCUGGAGCCCCGUCCUGGACAGGAGACAGAGGAAGAACCCUGGAGUUGGAAGCCAGAAGCAAAAGGCCCCGGGCCAAUUCCUCAGACAUGGGGUCCACAGCAAAGAAACCCCGGAAAUGCAGCCUUUGCCACCAGCCUGGACACACCCGUCCCUUUUGUCCUCAGAACAGAUGAGCUCAGGGUAGGGUAGAGAGCACCACUUUCUCAGACCUGUCCCCUUUGUGUUUGGAAAUGAGUUAACCAGCACCAAGUGGCCAUUUAGUGUCCUGGAAACUUGGAGGACGGUGUUGGCCUUUGGAGUCGGGCCUUCUUGUGUUAAGGGGCACAAGGUCCAGACCACCCUGGAGCAGGCCAGCUCUGCUGGACAGUGGUCCUCUUCCCAGGCCUCAGGAGUGACCAUAGGCACUGCUGAAAAGUCACGCAGCUGCUCCCUUGGACCCCCCAAGGACGGUUGCUGUUAGCAGAGGAUUGGUGAAGUCCCAGCUGAAGCCCACUGUGUGCCAAAGGAAGAAGCUCCUAGGGCUGCUUCCUUCACCUCCAGAAAGCCCCAAGUGAGCCGCCAGCACUCAUGGGGCAGUCCCUGUCCUGGCUGCCCAGGGCUUCUCAUAGAUGUCCUGAGAAGGACGGUGUAAUGCGAGGAAGUGGCUGUGGUAACACUGAUCCUUCAGAAGAAGCUUCAUUCCCUCUUUAUCUAGUUGAGCCAGGACACCUAGAAUUCAUUGCCUUAAUAAAGAACCCAGGCCGGGUGCAGUGGCUCAUGCCUGUAAUCCCAUCACUUUGGGAGGCUGUUGUGGGUGGAUUGCCUGAGCUCAGGAGUUUGAGACCAGCCAGGGCAACACGGUGAAACCCUGUCUCUACUAAAAUACAAAAAAUUAGCCAGGUGUGGUGGUGGGCGCCUGUAGACCCGGCUACUCAGGAGGCUGAGGCAGGAGAAUUGCUUGAACCCAGGAGGUGGAGGUUGCAGUGAACUGAGAUUGCGCCACUGCACUCCAGCCUGGGCGACAGAGCGAGACUCAGUCUCAAAAAAUUUUUUUUAAGUUUAAAAAAAUAAAAAGAAUCCAAACCCGGCAGGGCGUGGAGGCUCACACCUGUAAUCCAGCACUUAGGGAGGCCAAGGCUGGAGGAUUGCUUGAGGUCAGGAGAUCAAGACCAGCCUGGGCAACAUAGUUAGACCUUGUCUCUAUUUUUAAAAAUAUAGCCAAGCACAGUUGUACAUGCCUUUAGUCCCAGCUGCUCAGGAGGCUGAAGUGGGAGGAUCCUUUGAACUCAAGAGUUUGAGGCUGCCCCAAGCCGUGAUCACACCACUGCACUCCAGCCUGGGUGACAGAGUAAGACCCUGUCUCUCAAACUUUUUUUUUAAAUAAAAGAAUCCAACCUUUGUUUACUCUGA